UACCAAUCUAGUUUUCUAAUAACCUUGAAGUCCGUUGUGGAGAUGCACAAUUUCCUGACCAGUGUACAUCCAGAAGGAGAUAUUCGUUCAGCUUUGCUAAGUGUCAUUCAGGCCUUGCAUCUUGCCAAGAAUGGCACUGACAUAGUUUCCAGGACUCCUAUACACACACAUUUUGCUCGACCAAAUUGGUUCAACAUAUUUUCUAGAUUGGCUCGCAAGCAUGGAGGAGCUAAGAUUGGUGUUUUCUACUGUGGCCCAUCUAAAUUAGCAAAAGAAUUGACGAAGUUGUGCACCAAAUUUUCCACCAAAACCACAACUAGAUUUGUUUUCCACAAGGAAAAUUAUUAAACUUGUUUCUGAAGGAAUGACACCUGUCCUACCAAUGCCUUGACUAGGUAAGCAGGGUUACCCUCAGAAUCUCGGGCAGGUUCCUUUAAUUUUGCCAGAGAAUCUGUAAAUACAUUUGCUGCUCUGGUGCCUUCUACAUACCAACUUGAAGGAGUGGUUCAGCAAUUGAAGAAUGAAAGAAAAUACCUUAGUCCUCAUUCAUCGUUGUAAGUUGAGUAUCUAUCCAUUACAUUUCGGUUUUUCCUAUAGACCUCAAGUAGUAAACCAUACGUAUAGGAGAAGUAUAAAUGAUGAAUAAAUUUUACAAAAAGUAUUACAACCAUAGUUUGUAAUUAUCCGGUCUUUACUUGUAACAUUAAUCUAUAUCCCUUUUUCAUUA